UCAGUAGAACAGCACCAGUCUCUUUCUCUGUCUGCUUAUCACACACACACACACACACACACACACACACACACGCAUUUACAUUUAUUUAUUUAUUCAUCUGGUUUAAAUAUGGCGUCCAAGUGCCCUAGGUGUGAGAAGACGGUGUAUUUCGCGGAGAAAGUGAGCUCUCUGGGAAAAGACUGGCACAAAUUCUGUCUAAAGUGUGAACGCUGCAAUAAAACACUGAAUCCUGGAGGACACGCUGAGCAUGAUGGGAAACCGUACUGCCAUAAACCCUGCUACGCUACACUGUACGGACCCAAAGGUGUGAAUAUCGGUGGUGCUGGAUCGUACGUGUAUGAAACACCAGUGACUGAGGCGCAGACCUCCACCACCACCACACCACCCAGAGCUGCGGAGAGGAAAACUACAGCACCACCUAGAGGACCAGUGAAGGCUGCCAGUUUCUCAUCGUUCUCUGGAGAGCCGAAUAUCUGUCCCCGCUGCAACAAAACCGUCUACUUCGCGGAGAAGGUGAUGUCCCUGGGGAAGGACUGGCACAGGCCGUGUCUGCGCUGCGAGAGGUGCAGUAAGACGCUCGCUCCGGGAGGUCACGCUGAGCAUGAUGGCAAGCCGUACUGCCAUAAACCCUGCUACGCUGUCCUGUUCGGACCUAAAGGUGUGAACACUGGAGGGAUGGGCAGCUACAUCUAUGAAGAGCCAACCACUGAGCCUCAGCCAUGAAUCCACACACACACACACACACACACACACACGCACAUUUUUUACUUUUAUAUAUGAUGUAGUGUUCGUGUGAAUUCAACACUGAUGUCACUAUUACAGUAUUAUUAUUAUUAUUAUAAUUAUUAUUAUUAUAAUACAGUGUUAUUGUCUGUGUUAAUUAUUUAAUGUGAGUUUAUUUAUAAACACUUGCACUGUAUUCAAUUUA